AUGUCCCAAGGGAUUAUUCAAAGUACUUUCAGUAGGAAGUCUACUUUAGGGCUCAGCUUUAGACAAAAAAUGGAAAUUGAAUUCUCCACAGGAGACAUCUGGUUGAGUACGUGAAAGUUUUUUUUUUAUUGUUAGCUGUAAGCCGGCUUGACUCCUUUCAUAAAAAUGAAUCGUUAGUAACCAUGAAACACAGUUCUAAAUUGAAGGUGGUUCUAAAGGGUUUUUUUUUUCGGAACAAGGGCCCUUCUUUCAAAGGUCACAAAAUUCAUUUUAUGGCGGCGGGUAGCAGAAAAUUUUGUCCCUCUAAUAGAGAAAUCAUAACGCUUUAUUGAACUGUUUUGCUUUCAAAUACGCGAACUAUCGCUCGCUUUAGGAGCCAUAAAACUCUGGCUCACAGGCCGAACAAUAGCUAAGAUUACACAUCUACAGUAAGGCCAGUGAUCGCGUCGAUUAAUGGACUCCAGAACUAAAUAUUACCAUAGAUAGGCUCGAGAUAGUGUGAAUUAUCACAACGAUAAUGGGAAACGUUGAACAAAAGGACUAUUUGGCUUGAUUUUAACGUCUAUCCAGGUGGCUUCUUUUGAUAUCCUGAUGUUAAAUGCCAUUCAUAUCUGUUGUUUAGAUUUCUAUUGAAAUCAGUUUUAAACGAAAUGUUUUUUUUUUUUUUUGUUAUCGCGGCAACCGAACAGAUCAUGAAAAUUUAAAAACUUCACGGGCGAGAGCUGUAAAGUACCUGGAAUGCUUUUUAGUAAUGCGGCAAAUGUCACGAUCGAAAAGACCGGGUGAAAAAAAAAACACUUCUAAAGCAGAUUAAUGUGAAGAAACAUGCGCGCAUCAAAAUUAACUCGUUGAGGCUGCAAUCGUUCGACGAUGUUCCUCUGAAACAAAGUCAGAAGCCUAAAAAUCUGCCGUGCACAACAUUGUAUGGACGAAUAUUCUGUGGACAACAUGAACAACACAACACUUGAACAGUUCGAAGAAGAAAAAGUGUGUUUCAAGGUGGACAUUUUCCCCUUGUUCGUGUUUGCUUUCGUGGUCAAUUUCCUCGCCCUCAUCGCUGUGUUCAAGGCAAAACCAAGAAUUUCAACGCCAACCUCAGCCAAACAAAUUCACCUGCUCAUCUGUUGUCUCGCUGUUUCGGACACUGCAUCACUGGGUUUGCAAUGUGUGAUGCCUGUAGCUUCGUUCAUAAACUGUGGCUGGUGGGGAGGUCGUAUUACUUGCGGCAUUUUUGGUUAUGUCAACGCCAUUUUCAUUCUAUGGUCAGCCUGGAUCGUAUCACUUUUAAGCUUUCAGAGAUUUUUUGCGACUGCAUUUCCAUUCCAACAUCAACGCAAUUUCACGAUGAAGAAAAUUAAAACUGCUGUGGUCUUCAUUUUCUUUAUGCUUUGCUUUUUCUUCACGCCGCCAUUUUUUGGCGUAGGUGCGUUUGUCUAUUACGACACAGGCCAAUUUUGCAGCUUGAGUUUGACACCAACUGGAAAAUCAGACACGAUUUUUCUUGGAAUACUCGUCACGCAGGGUGUUACUUGCGUGUCUGCAGUCCUUGUUUUCAAUAUACACGUUGUAGAAUCGUUAAAAACAAGGAGGACGCCAUUUCAUGGGAGCACUAGGCGCGCAAUGGAGGACACAACAGCCACUUUCGUGUCAUUGACAAAAGCUGUGGCCUUCGUGUUCUGUCUGUGCAAUAUCCCCCUUUUGAUACGAAUAGCAGUAGACUUAUUUAAACAGACUCCUCAUGAAGACCUCGGCUUGGAACACACCCUAACAAUGGCCUUGAUGUUCUUAAACACUUUGGCAAAUCCCUUUAUCUACGUCGCCUGCAGAAGACGCUACAGACGGAGCCUACUGAGACUUUUUUGUUUUGGUCAGCGGAAGGGCAUAACUCGAGUGUACUUUUAUGAGGGCACAGGGACAUCAAAACCUGUCCACACUUUGAGAUGUCAAGGAGAGACUACAGUUUUUUAACAAAUAAAACUUAAGAACCCUCUCCUUCUUAAAAAAUAACAAGUCAGGGCAACGAGUGUCCAUCUUUGAAGGCACAGGGACCCCAAAGUUUGUCUACACUUGAGAUUUCAUGGAAAGACUACUUUUUUAUAACAUUGAAAAAAUAGACAACCCUCCACUCCUUAAAGUGACCGAUAAGUUAUUUCUCCCUGUGAAAUUAAUAUAAUGUCAAACAGGGUGGUGACGAAACCAAAGAAAAAUAUUAACUUCAGGAUAUUCUGUGAUUUUACGCAAAAUUCUCCAAACUGACCCAAAAUACGCGCGCGGAAGGUGGAAGUACUUCACACGCGCGGGGCACAUGCCUACCUCCUCCACACAGGAAGAAGCGGAAAAAAAAUGUUAUGUAAAAUUAUUAGAUAAAAAUGAAAAAUAAACUUACG